AUAUGAUGGUAUUAAAAUAACAUUUCGCACCUCAACCAAUCACCAAAAUUCACGUACUCUUCAAUCAACCCUUCUUUCCCCAGCUCCCAACUCCACACUUUUGCAACCUCAACUUGAAGCUGUCUUAAACCAACACCUGAAUGAUUCCGAUCAUCAUCUCCGGUCAACGAUGAUGAUCACCGCCAACACUUUAACCUAUUAUCUCUCCCAACACCCAUCAAUCAUCAACUUCCGUUGGAGCCACACCCAAUCAUGGGGCUCCACCUGGUCCUUCCUCUUCAUCUCCAUAACCCUCUAUCUCUUCCUCUCCAUCCUCCUCCACUUCUUCUUAGCCCUCUUCAUCAGGCGUGAUCGUCCCGUUUCUCUGGGUCCAAUCCCGGUUCUCCACAGCCUCUCCAUGUCCUUCAUCUCCGCCACCAUUUUCGCGGGAAUCCUCCUCUCAACCGCCUCCGAAAUACGGGAAACUCGCUGGUUUUGGCGCCGCAGUAAAACGACCCCAUUUCAGUGGCUCCUUUGCUUCCCUCUUGGCACACGCCCGUCCGGGCGGGUCUUCUUUUGGUCUUAUAUUUUCUACCUCUCUCGCUUCAUCCACAUGUGGCGAACUUUCUUCACCAUCCUACGACGUCGUAAACUUGUCUUCUUCCAGCUAUUUUACAAUUCAAUUUUAACCUUCACCUCCUUCCUCUGGCUGGAGUUUUCUCAGUCAUUUCAGGUUUUAGCGAUCCUCUUUACAACGCUGGUAUAUUCAGUUGUUUAUGGAUACAGAUUUUGGACUGGAAUUGGAUUACCAAGCGCCUGUUUUCCCUUCGUCAUAAACUGUCAAAUGGUGCUUUUGGGAUGCAAUUUGGUGUGCCAUAUCGGAGUUCUUCUGUUGCAUUUUAUGAAGAACGGGGGCUGCAAUGGAAUCGGUGCCUGGGUUUUUAACUCUGUCUUGAAUGCUGCCAUUUUGCUACUGUUUUUGAAGUUCUAUGUUCAGAUGCAUUUAGAGAAGAGAAAAUUUGUCAAACCAAAAGGUAAUUAGAAUUGUUUUUACCAUGUAAUUAACAUCAAUAAAACUUUUAUAUACAAUCUGAAAUAAUAGUUCAUGAUUAGAUAA